AUGCUAUACUACAAAAUCCUACUAUACUACCGCAUAUAUCUCAAACCUAUGAUGUACAUACCACCUCUAAACUUUUCACCAGUGGUUAGUACCGAUGUCAGCCUAUAUAGAUCUGGAUAUCCAAUGCCUCUAAACUACCCAUUCAUAAGGGACCAAUUGCAUCUUAGAACGAUUAUCCAUGUUGGUGAUAAACAAGAUCUGUCGCCGGAAUAUGCAGAGUUUUUAGAGCAAGGGAACAUUCAGUUCCACAAUAUCUACAUGGAUUCAUGCAGGGAUGACGGAUUCAAAGAUAGAAUGAACCAAAUUUUAGAAAUUGUACUAAAUGUCGAUAACUAUCCAAUGCUAAUUCACUCCGGCAAGGGGAAACAUAGAGUUGGUACCGUUGUAGGUAUUAUAAGAAAAUUACUGCAAGGUUGGUCAAUCGCAGGCAUUUAUCAAGAAUAUGACAUUUUUUCCGGUGGGCUCAAAGGUGAAGCAGAUCUUGAGUUCAUCACCAUGUUCGAAACUAGCUUAUUCAUUCGGAAGGAUAAAAUACCGGGCUUUGUCACUUCUGUCACAACGUGA